AUUUAUGACAAAGUCCAGUUUUCAAAGAUGUCAAAACUAAAUGACUGCUUGUUUUCUGUGGAUAGUUUGUUUUUUGAAAACCCAGAUGAAAUUGAAAACUAUCCAGACAAUGAAAAAUCAUUGGAUUGGUUUCUUCCUCCUCCUCCAUUGAUUUCAGAAAUUCCAGAUACUCAGGAAUUAGAGGAGGAAAUAGAAAGUCAUAAAUUGCAAGGUCAGGAAAAUAAUUCAAAAAUGUUAAUGUCAAAUUUAAAGAUUACUAAUGAAGACAUAAAUUAUAUUUCACCAACACAAAAAUUCCAGUUUCCCUCUUAUAAAUAUGAAUAUGAUUAUCUAAAUUUAGGAGUAGCAGGUAUUAAUGACUCAUCACAUGUUGCUGGCAAGCUGACAUAUGGUUCUUCUCAGAAAUAUACAAACCACAUGGGCACCAAGAUAGCACCUGAGGAUACUGUUCCUGAUGAUGCAAAAUUAGGUAACGUUAUAGAGGAAAAGGGAGAGAGCACACCAGCAUUUCGAAAAAGAUUAUUUAAAAUAUGUGACAAUAUGCAUGGAGGUACUUAUUCUAAUAACAGUGCAAACUUGGACUCCGUAGUUAACUCAGUGAAAAUUAUUCAAACAGAAAUGAACAAGGAGAAAUCAUGGAACUGUAGCAAUAAUAAGCAAAAACCUCAAUCAAACAUGUUUAUAGCAAAUGAAGCUUUUUCAUCUUCUGAAACUGGAGAUGACAUACUCAAAGUACCAUCAUUUUCACUUGCAUCCCAACCUCAUAAUAUUCAAGGGGUAACCAGAAGUGGUAUAGGUUCCUUGAAGGCUGUCACAGAAAUUCCAGCAAAAUUUAGAAGUAUUUUCAAAGAAUUCCCAUAUUUCAACUAUAUACAGUCCAAAGCCUUUGAUGAUCUUCUUUAUACAGAUAGAAAUUUUGUAAUUUGUGCUCCAACUGGUUCUGGAAAAACUGUAAUGUUCGAACUAGCUAUAACAAGAUUGUUAAUGGAAGUACCAUUGCCAUGGUUAAACAUUAAAAUUGUUUACAUGGCACCAAUAAAAGCCCUAUGUAGUCAGCGUUUUGAUGACUGGAAAGAAAAAUUUGGACCAAUUGGAUUGAAUUGUAAAGAACUCACUGGAGAUACAGUUAUAGAUGACCUAUUUGAGAUUCAGCAUGCCCAUAUUAUUAUGACAACUCCAGAGAAAUGGGAUAGCUUGACUAGGAAAUGGAGAGACAACUCUUUGGUUCAACUGGUGCGACUAUUUCUCAUUGAUGAGGUACAUAUUGUAAAAGAUGAAUAUCGUGGUCCAACUCUUGAAGUUGUAGUCAGCAGAAUGAAAACUGUACAGUCUUUAUCUCAGCCUUUAGAAAAUACUAGCACUUUUAUCCCAAUGAGAUUUGUAGCUGUGUCUGCAACAAUUCCAAAUGCUGAGGAUAUUGCAGAAUGGAUUUCAGAUGGUGAAAGACCUGCUGUAUGUCUGAAAAUGGAUGAAAGCCAUAGACCUGUGAAACUUCGGAAAGUGGUUCUGGGAUUUCCCUGCAGUAGUAACCAAACUGAAUUUAAGUUUGAUUUAACCCUCAACUACAAAAUUGCCAGUGUUAUACAAACAUACUCUGAUCAGAAGCCCACACUUGUGUUCUGUGCAACUAGGAAAGGUGUGCAACAGGCUGCUUCUGUUCUUGUGAAAGAUGCUAAAUUUAUUAUGACUAUGGAACAGAAACAAAGGUUACAGAAGUAUGCAUAUUCCACAAGAGAUUCAAAACUGAGAGAUAUCCUAAUACAUGGUGUUGCUUAUCAUCAUGCUGGCAUGGAGCUGUCAGAUAGAAAAGUAGUUGAAAGAGCUUUUACUACUGGAGAUCUACCAGUUCUUUUUACUACCAGUACUUUAGCUAUGGGAGUAAACUUGCCUGCUCACCUAGUAGUUAUAAAAUCUACAAUGCAUUAUACUGGAGGGAUGUUUGAAGAAUACAGUGAAACAGAUAUUCUACAAAUGAUCGGUAGAGCUGGUCGUCCUCAAGUAAGUAACAGUAAUUUUACUUUUCAUAACCUGUAUUAGAGACAUGGCAAAAUAAAAACUGUUUUGUGCAUUGUAACAAUUAAAAGUCAUUUGCACAGACAUCUUAUUGAACAUUUAAAUGCAGAGAUAGUAUUGCAUACCAUCACAGAUGUGAAUAUUGCUUUGGAAUGGAUACGAUCAACUUUGCUUUAUAUCAGAGCCUUGAAAAACCCAUCUCAUUAUGGUUUUACAUCUGGAUUGAACAAAGAUGGAAUUGAAGCAAAAUUACAAGAAUUAUGUUUGAAGAAUCUGAAUGAUUUGUCAUCUCUUGACUUGAUAAAGAUGGAUGAAGGUGUUAAUUUCAAACCAACAGAGGCAGGAAGACUAAUGGCUUGGUAUUAUAUUACAUUUGAAACAGUGAAGAAAUUUUGUACAAUCAGUGGAAAAGAAUCUUUAUCAGAUCUGGUUGCAAUGAUAGCUAGCUGCAAUGAAUUUCUAGAUGUGCAGUUAAGGAUAAAUGAAAAGAAAACACUGAAUACUUUGAACAAAGAUCCAAAUCGGGUAACCAUCAGAUUUCCAAUGGAAGGAAGAAUUAAAACAAGGGAAAUGAAAGUAAAUUGUCUUAUACAGGCUCAAUUAGGAUGUAUUCCAAUACAAGAUUUUGCUUUGACACAAGACACCUCAAAGAUUUUCAGAAAUGGCUCACGAAUUACAAGAUGGUUGUCAGAUUUUGUGGCUACUCAGGAAAAGAAGUUUGCUGUACUGUUGAAUAGUUUGAUUUUAGCUAAAUGUUUUAGAUGCAAACUAUGGGAAGACUCUCUGCAUGUAUCCAAACAGCUAGAAAAAAUUGGUAUAACAUUGUCAAAUACCAUGGUAAAUGCAGGUUUGACCUCCUUUAAAAAAAUAGAAGAUACAGAUGCAAGGGAACUUGAACUGAUUUUAAAUAGACACCCCCCUUUUGGAACCCAAAUAAAAGAAGCUGUGUUAUAUCUGCCAAAAUACGAACUUGAAGUGGAACAGAUUACAAGAUAUAGUGAUACUGUGGCUGAAAUAUUAGUGACCAUUAUAUUAAGGAACUUUGAACAGCUACAAAAUAAAAGAACAGCGCCAGAUUCUCACUAUAUUACCUUAAUCAUAGGUGAUGCAGAUAAUCAAGUGGUUUUUAAGCACAGAGUUAUGGAUUCUGCUUUGCUCAAAACUGGAAGUUGGACUAAAAAAAUUGAUGUGAAGAGAGCUCUUAUAUCUGAAGAUCUUAGCAUAAAUCUAAUUAGUUCUGAUUUUGUUGGACUUGAUAUUCAGCAGAAAUUUACAGUCUUUUACUUAGGACCCAAGAGGUUUGGAAAUCAAAUAAUUAUACAAAGAAAAUCAGAAAUGGAGAUUUCCCAUUCUAAAUAUUCAGCUAGAUCUACUGUAGCAGGCCCCAAUAAAGGUAAAUAUGAAAAUGUAACAGAAAUACCUGAUAGGCAAACAACCAAGGAUGACCAGAUAUGUAGUUGCUUCAGGAUGAGCACCAAUAAAACAAGAGAGUUACCAGGAAAGAAAAAGUCAAAAGAAUUCAGGUAUAGUGAAUUCAGCUUAUUUAGCUUAAUGAAAGGAAGUUCCAGGAUGACAGCUAUAAGGCAGGCUUCCAUUGUACAGAUGAAUAAAUCUCAAAGUGUGGACCUUAAAGGGUUUGGUUUUACUCCCAAACCUUCCCUUCCUAGUUUAUCAAGGUCAGAAUAUUUAAACAUACCUGAAUUGCCUGUAAUGGAGCAAUGUGAUCAGCAUGAAAUCCAUGGAAAAGUUCAACAAGAGCCAUCUGAAUAUCAAGACAAAAAUUUUUUUAGAUGGAACUAUUCUACAACUUCAAAGGAGAAAGACUCUCAAACAAUGGCGUUCAACAGAAAUCUUAAUAUAUCUGGAAACCAAAAUUUGAUAGAUACGGAUAAAAGUAAUUCCCCAUAUUCAGAGGUUUUGAAUGUGAACUUUGAAUUGGGAAAUGAAGUUUGGGAUGAUUUUGAUGAUGAAAACUUAAUAGAAGUUACUAAUUUUUCAGUUGAUACUAAGAAUAUAAAGACACCAGGGUCUGAAAACACUUUGAUUUCAAGUAUCAGGGGAAGUAAGCUACCUUUCCAACAGUCAAAGAGCAAAUUCCAAAGAGAAAUGUCAAACAGUUUUGUUUCGUCACACAAGAAGCCAGCCAUUUGUUUGUCAAAUUCUGCUAUGUCCAAGUUUGAUAUAUCCUCCAUGACACAAUUUUCUCAACAAGCUGGAAAUGCAAAUAUUGACCAUUUACAGGAAAGAAAAAAGCAAUGUUUGUCACCAGAGAUUGAGAAACUGUCCUUUACUCACUUCAAAAAUAUUUCAAAUUUUUCAAAUUUCAAGAAAGUAGAUUUUUUUUUUAGAAACAGUGAAUCCAUAAAGGAAGUUGAUUCCAGGUAAGAACUCUUAAUAUAUUCAUGAUUAUGUCAGUAAAGACAUCUUACAAAGAAAUUCGGCUUUCCUUUUUCCUUGAUUCAUUUUAAAGACCAGAACCUAAACAUAUGAAAGACAUUGAAAUUUUAGACCUGUAGUGAGCUAAGCUCUUUUAAGAUAUUUCACAGCAUCAAAUAUUCUAAUUUUUGAAACUAUAUUGAGUUCAUAAACUUAUUUUUACUGAUUCAAAUAUAGCUUUUUUGUAUAAAGUAUAGCAUCAUUUGAGAAAUACAAAUGAAAUCAGCUAAUUUUUAAGAAAUUCAGUUGUAUUUGAGCUAUACAGUUAUUUCACAAUUCAAUAGGUUCAAUGAAAAAAGUCACAGCCAGGGGUGGUGGCAUAUGCCUAUAAUCUCAGUAACUCAGAAGUCUGUAAGACAGAAGGAUCCCAAGUUGAAGGUCAGCCUCAGCAACUUAGUGAGACACUAAGAACUU